CCAACAUCACCACAAACAACUUCCAAAUCCAUUAACUUUUUUCUAGCAGAGAUAGAAAAGAACCAAAUUUUCUUCUAACAAUUUCUAUUGCUAGAAAAUCAUCACUAUAAGGAAAAUGGCCGAGAAGAUCAACCAGGCUCAGCCAAACGUGUACACCAGAAGAGACGAAGAAUCAGCCUCUUCACAAUCUAAUGAGCUCAAACGCAAGAAAAGAAUCAGAUUGGCAAUGUAUAUUGCUAUCUUUCUUGUGUUUCAAGUCAUUGUAAUCACAGCUUUCGGACUCGUUAUUAUGCGAGCAAAGUCUCCUAAGCUAAGGCUGAGCAAUGAUAUAGAGUUCCAAAAUCUCAACACAGCGACUUCUGGAACUGCCUCGCCUUCUUUCGACCUGACUUUCUCAGCCCAAGUAAGGGUCAAGAAUUCCAACUUUGGGCCUUACAAGUUCGACAACACCACCGCCACCUUCACCUACGGCGGCGCCACCGUAGGACAGGUUAUCAUUCCCAAGGGCAAGGCCGGAAUCAAGUCCACCAAGAAGAUUAAUGUGAUUGUGAACUUGAGUUCGUCUCAGUUGUCAGACACUGCCAAACUCGGCAGUGAGUUGAGUGCCGGGACGUUGACUUUGACCGGCACGGCGAAGAUGAGUGGGAGAGUGGAGCUGAUGAUGAUUAUGAAGAAGACGAAGUCAGCCAAUAUGGACUGCACCAUUACUAUUGAUGUGGCUGCUAAGACUGUACGGACUUUUGAAUGCAAUUGAGUGAUGGUGAAGAUGUAAAGUGUUUUUCUUUUGAUAAUUUGAUUUAUUGUUUUGGAAAUAUGUAACCAAGGCCAGCUCUUGAUCAGGAUUUGGAUUGUGUGAUCAAAGGCUCUGUUUGUAUUUAUUAUUUGUUGGACUUGAAAUUUAUUUUUUGUAAUGAUAUAUAUCAUGUUUGGAAACUUAAUUUAUGUUUUCACUUUUUGUUAAAAUCAUAUA